CGUUUGAAGACUGCGUUCAUAUAGUCAGUCCUGCUGCGGCUGUAGCAUGGCGAUCCUGACGGCCCUGCUGGCGGUGGCGGCGGCGCUGGUCGCACUGUACGGCUGGGCCACGCGGCACCACCGCUACUGGGCGCGGCGUGGCGUGCCCUGCUCCCCGCCGCUGCCGCUGCUGGGCCACUACCGGGACUUCGUGCUUCAGCGGCGUGACCUGGGCGGCCUCACGCUGGACCUGUGCCGGCAGCACCCCGCCGCGCCCGCGCUGGGGGCCCUCCUCGCCACCGAGCCCGUGCUCAUCGUGCAGGACCCCGCGCUGCUGCGGCUCAUCACCACCGAGUACUUCUACCACUUCAGCGCGCGCGAGCUGGCCGACUUCACGCACCACGAGGUCCUCACCCGGAGCCUGUUCUUCACGGCCGGUGACGCCUGGAGGGUGCUGCGCCAGAACAUGACGCCGCUCUUCACCUCCAGCAAGAUGAGGAACAUGUUCCCGCUCGUCCAGAGAUGCACGUAUGUGUUCGAGAAAAUGCUGGACGAGGAGAUCGCGAAGUCGCCACUCCAAGAAGUGGGGUCCUUGGCGUACCGGUUCACGAUGGACUCGAUCUGUGCCUGUGCUUUCGGGGUCGAGUCGAAUGUUAUGGGCGAUAAUCCAGAAAAAAAUCCUUUCACUAAAAUCGGAGAUGAUAUCUUAGAAUUUCCGAAAUGGAGAGGGUUAAAGCUCGCCAUAAGGGCGGCCUGGCCUUCCUUCUUUUACGGUAUGGGUCUGAAACUGUUUCCCACCUCUAUCGACGAGUUCUUCCGGUCAAUGCUACAGCGCGUGUGCAUUGAGCGCGGCGCCGGGCCCUCGCCGCGGCAAGACUACGUGGACCUGCUGCUCUCUCUCAGGAAGAACAACAGCAUCCGCGGAGACAGCCUCGACAACAUGAAGGACGCCUCCAACAAGAUCCGCCUGAACCUGGAGGCGGAGGAGGAGCUGCUGAUGUCGCAGGCCAUCGUCCUGUUCGCCGCUGGCUACGAGACCACGUCGCGGACUAUGUCGUUUCUUCUGUACGAGCUGGCGAAAAACCCCGACAUCCAGGAGAAGUGCCUGGCAGAGGUGGACGCGUACUUGUCUACCCGAGGCGAGGUGCAGUUCGACGUGACGACGGCGCUGCCGUACCUGUCGCAGUGCGUGGACGAGGCGCUGCGGCUGUACCCGGUGUUCGCGGUGCUGACGCGCGAGGUGGCGGCCCCGCUGCGCCUGCCGCUGGGCGGGCGGGGAGCGGGGGGCGCGGGGGGCGGGGUGCUGCUGCCGCGCGGGCUGCGCGUGCACAUCCCCGUGCUUCACUUACACACGCAUCCCGACUACUUCCCGGAGCCCGAGCGGUUCCGUCCAGAGCGCUUCUCCUCCGAGGAGCGCAGAAACAUCCGCUCGCACACUUACUUCCCCUUCGGCGAGGGACCCCGCCUCUGCAUUGGCAAGCGGUUUGCGUUGCUGCAGCUGCUGGCGGGGCUGGUGACGGUGCUGAAGUCGUACCGCGUGUCCCCCGCGCCCCCCGCGUCCCCCGCGGCCCCCGCGCCCCCCGCCCCGCUGCGCAUGAAGCCCGUGUCUCUGACGCAGCAGGCGGAGGGCGGGGUCCCGCUGGUGUUCACGCGCCGCGCCGGCUGGCGGGGUCGGGCAUUCAGUAAGAUGGGGGCGGCCUGAAGUG